ACUGUGUUCUGAAAUUCUCGCAACUGAGCCACCUGAAGCAACACUACCGCUCUCACACAGGAGAGAAGCCCUACAAGUGUGCUCACCCGGGUAGGUAUUCUGUGCUGUCUGGAUACCAUUUCAUCCCGUUGAGCCACCUGAAGCAACACUUUCGCUCACACACGGGCGAGAAACCUUACACGUGUUUGCGCCACGGUAUGUACCAUCUGCAGCAACACACACGCCUGCACACAGGCGAGCGCCCUUACAAGUGUAGUCAUCCCGGUACGUAUGUUUGUCUGUCUUUACAAAAUAACUACCAUUUGUAUCAUUGUUUUCCUCUGACUUCCGCAGGUUGUGGGAAGGCUUUCUCCCAGCUGUCUAAUUUGCAAUCUCACUCACGCUCACACAUGACGGACAAACCGUUCCGAUGCAACUCCUGCUACAAAUGCUACGCAGAUGAGCAGUCUCUGCGGGAGCACAUCCCUAAACACUCGGACACGAAGCAUCUCAAGACACACAUCUGCCAUAUAUGUGGCAAAUCAUACACGCAAGAAACAUACCUGACACGCCACAUGGGCAAACACUCACAAGAAAACGUACCCAAGAUCAUGACGCGGCCUAUCAAACAGGAGCCAAUGGACUUGGUGGAUCGCGACUUCAUCGGGGCACGACUCCCCGAUAGCAAAGGGAGUGCACCGACAUCCGCCUUCAUGCCAUUGUCUCCUUUUGCAGCCAACACCGUGAGUUCUUCCUCUGGGCCAGGAUACCACUACAGUUCUGGACUCAGCCACAACAGCCUAAGCUCCCCCCUCCCUCACAUCUCUUCCAUGGCGUCUCCUCGCUACUUCCCAUACGACCCAAUCGGAUUCAGCCGCAAGGCAGAUGCACCGGACCGGAACUUGAACAUGGCCGGCGUACCCCGGGAGUCAAUGAUCGCCAAUUCUCUCCUGAGCCUGCAGCAUAUCAAGAAUUAUGCUUCCCAGCAGAUGCCAAGUUUCAACCCCACACCCAGCGCAGGCUCCCGAUUGGCUUAG